GGGCACGGGCUGUCCUCUCCAUCCCUGCUGGGAGCCGUCAUCGGAGCCGGCGCGGCACAGGACCAAGGAGAGCCGGCACCGCGCUGGGCAGCAGCAGCCCCAGCUCCUGCUCUCCAGUGUUCCCAAGGGGCGGGGGCAGCGGGCCUGGACCCCUGUCACAUGGAUGGUAGCAGCCGUCAGCUAUGAAGACGGAUGCAGCCACAACUCCGCACGACCCCUCCCGCGUAAAACCAAAGCCACUGCCAGACAAAUGCUCCAGUGCCCGGGUCUCGAUGCCAGACCCAGAGAGAGGAGAGCCGCUCCGGUCCCACGAGGCAGCCAGUUCUGCAGGGGGCGAUCGGAGGACUGGAGUUUCAACCACCAACUUGGCCUCUUCUCCGGCCACACUCAUGCCUAGCACCUCCUAGGAGACUGCUGUAUUCAUCUGUAGAAGGGCAGCCCCGAGCUGCUCAUUGGAGCCUCUCCACACUUGGACACUUCCUUUCGGCUCACUGGGCGGCCUGGCGCCCCGCGGUUGACAUAACUGACACCCUGGGUUGUGUGGAGAGAAGCAGCCAGGGGCUGUGGGCAGAGGAAGGAGCUGCGGGGUCCCAGGAUGGAGCCCAGCAACGCGACCUCUUCCUCUUGUCUAGACUCUACUGCGUUCAGGAUCACUGUUAGCGUGGCCCUCACUGUCCUCAUUCUCGUCACCAUCGCCGGCAAUGUGGUUGUCUGCCUGGCCGUGGGUCUGAACCGCCGGCUCCGCAGUCUGACCAACUGCUUCAUCGUGUCCUUGGCUGUCACCGACCUGCUCCUCGGCCUCCUGGUGCUGCCCUUCUCGGCCAUUUACCAGCUGUCCUGCAGGUGGAACUUCGGCAAGGUCUUCUGCAAUAUCUACACCAGCCUGGACGUGAUGCUCUGCACGGCCUCCAUCCUCAACCUCUUCAUGAUUAGCCUUGACCGGUACUAUGCCAUCACAGACCCCCUGCGCUACCCUGUGCUGGUCACCCCGGCCCGGGUCGGCGUCUCCCUCGUGUUAAUCUGGGCCAUCUCCAUCACCUUGUCCUUCCUGCCUAUCCACCUAGAGUGGAACAGCAGAAACAAGACCGGCGGGUUCAAUUCCACCCUUCUGUCCUGCAAAGUCCAGGUCAACUUGGUGUACGGCUUGGUGGAUGGGCUGGUCACCUUCUACGUGCCUCUGGUGGUCAUGUGUGUCACCUACUGCCGCAUCUUCAAGAUCGCCCGGGAUCAGGCCAAGAGGAUCCAGCAGAUCAGCUCCUGGAAGGCAGCCACCAUCAGGGAGCACAAAGCCACCGUGACGCUGGCUGCUGUGAUGGGGGCCUUCAUCAUCUGCUGGUUCCCCUACUUCACUGUCUUUGUCUACCGGGGGCUUGUAGGGGACGAUGCCAUCGACAAGGUCUUCGAAGCCGUGGUUCUGUGGCUGGGCUACGCCAACUCGGCCCUGAACCCCAUCCUGUAUGCUGCUCUGAACAGAGACUUCCGCACGGCGUACCAGCAGCUCCUGCGCUGCAGGUCUGCCAGCCGCAACGCCCAUGACCCUUCUCUGAGGUCUGGCAGCUCUCGACUCUCCAGGACUCAAAGCCAAGAACCCAGGCAGCAGGAAGAGAAGCCCCUGAAGCUCCAGGUGUGGAGUGGGAAACAGGUCACGGCACCUCGUGGAACCACAGACAGGAAGCCCAAGCUGUCCUGUACCACGUGCUCCAGCAACCUUCUGAGCUGCUGCAAGAGUCUGUGGGGCCUUCGGUUCCUCAGGCACGAGGGAGGCCCCUUGGAGGAGCAGCCGACGUGGAUGCCACCCAAGGAAGCGGUGAGGACGCUGCCCUCCCAGUCUGUCUAGACCCGGCCCUGGGACAUUGAUGAUACUGCUCCCUGGUCACCAAGAUGUAACUCCGGGAGCCACAAAGGGGCCAGCAGCCCCCAAAGCCACCUAGGAUGCACCCCAGCCUACAUCUGGGGACUCCCGGAGCACACGGUGGGGGGUGCCGGGCUCCUCAGGCCUGGGCGGAGCAGCCUGUCUGCACUCAGCCUUCCCAGAGAGGUGUCCAGGGCCCCUGUGGGUCCCGAGCUCACGUUGGUGCUGGCCCUGAGUUCUGAGCAGAGACAGGGGACACUCAGGGUAUGUGCACAUGUGUGCGUGGAUGUGCCUGCGCCCUCGGAGCACAGCAGCCGGUGUUGCCAGAGGCAUUGGCCUCUUGCUCCCGGUGGGUUCUGCAGGAUGGAGGAAAGUAAAAGAGGGGGAAGGGAAAGGAAAGGAGGAAAUCAGUCUUCUCGGCUCCUGCUGUGAGUGACGUACCUCACUUGCAUGGGUUCCUGCAACUCUCAUCGCCUGCGACAAGGGUCACCAGCCCUACUUUGCAGAGGUGGAAACUGAGGCUCAGAGAAGCAGGGGCCUGCCCAAGGCCACUCAGCUGGAACACGUGCCUGCCGUACGGGAGGUGUCGAAGGAAUGAGUGAAUGAACGGACAAUCAGGACGAUGGGUGAAAAGCCAGGCCUCAAGCCCAUGUCCUUGACGCAACACUACACCGCCUCUCGGGAGAGAGGUCGAAAUGUUCCCUCCACUGAACCCACUCAGCCGGGUGCAGAGCAGAGCCUGGGGCCCUCACACUGCAGCGUGAGUGGACUCGUGGGGGGAAGGCAUGCGGGGUG